CGCAUUGAUAGUAAAUUUCUCAGUAAAGUAGAAAGUGCUGCUUAAAAAAAUGUAUAAGAUCUGGGUAAGACCAAAAAUUAUAAUAAAAUAUCAAUAUUUUUCGAGGAUUUUCUGCUUUCCUUUUAUUUUAUGAUCCAAAACGUCUUGAAAAAUAUGGUCGAUAAAUAUGCUUAAGUAAUAUCAAAAAUAUUCAAUCAAAAUACAAUAUGACUUUAUACCUAUCUAUGAUCUACUUAAAUGAUCAAAUGAAAUUCCAAUGAAUCCUUAAUGAUGAUAAAUGCAUGUUGAUCUUUGAAAAAUGCAUAUGAUAUCAUUCCGGUAUUGUCUUGAUCUCCGACAUAAAGCAAAAUUACCAAUUGCAUAAUGAAAUAUUCAUCAUCAAUGAUGACUUUACAUACACACAUCAUAUUUAAGGUGUUGGCACAGAAAAACAAGGAGAUCCAACUCAAAUUCUAUAAUAAGGUAUAUUUUGAAUUUAACUCGAAAUCAGUUGUUCUAAAUUUAAAAUUUAUCAUUAACAAGCCAUCAACAGCCUCAAAACAGUAAAGCGGAUCUUUUCAAAAUCCGGUAAUACUGAUACCUAUUACUAAUUAUGAUUUGAUUGAAAAAGGUGAUUCACCCUGUAACUCAGGGAUAUUCCAUCUCAUAAUGGUUAGUAUAGCGAGGUCAUCAUAAUUAUUGGGAUAUAAAAUCUGAUGGUAAUUACUUAUUGUUGUUAAUAAUUUAAGACUUCCUCUAGGCAGCAUCUUGAGAUUGUUUUUGGUGAAUAGUGCGUGUGUGAAAUUUCUAGUUAAAAUGAGGAUUUCGGUCCUCUCUUUUUGUUUCGUUCUCAUGACCAUCUCCAACAUCAACGCCCAUGGGCACUAUGGAGGUGGAGGAGGCUGUUCAAGCGGCUGUGGUGAUAGUAGCGGAGGAUAUUCCUCAGGAGGUGGAGCAAACAUAGGUGGAGGUAGUCUUAGUGCUACCAUAGUAGGACCUAGUGAUCCCGGCGCUACCAUUCAAGGACCCGGCUCACAAGCGAAUAUAAUCGGUCCCGAUGGUAGUCAUAUUUCCGCAAACGAGGUUGGCGGGAAAAUUAUUGCGCCUCCAAAACAAGGCGGAGUGAUACAGGCUUCGGUAUCACCAGGCUACAUAUUUACUGGCGGUGGAGGAGGAGGUGGCCAUGGUGGUUAUUCAGGAGGAUCGCCAAGUUAUUCGGGAGGGUCGCCAGGUUAUCAAGGAGGAUAUUCCAGUGGAGGAGGUGCAGGAAUUUAUCCGCCACAAAGUUUCCACAGUGGAUCAUCUGGCUCAGGAGGGUACAGUGGUUAUCCAGCAGCGUCUGGGUGUAGUGGAGGAUGCGGUGGAAGUAAUGGACAGGUUUAUCCAGGUGGAAGAGGCAGUGGCGCAGAAGGUCAAGUGUAUCCAGGUGGAAGAGGUUCUGGUUUGGAAGGACAAUGGCAACCGGACAACAGAGAGAAACAAUUUGAUGAUGGACUAUACAGGGGUGAAGGAUCUUCACAAGGAGGAGGUUACGCUGUCCAUCAACCAUUACCAGGAUGGGGCAAUGCUGGAGCAAGCUCUGGUGGAUAUUCUGGAUCUGGAAGUUAUGGAGGACAUGGGGGAGGAAGCAGCUGUGAUCCUUGUGGCAAAUAAAACACUUAUUUGUAAUAAAACGAAAUAAUAAUUUAUAAAAAAUAAUUUGAGGUAAACACUGCCUAUUCAUUUAUAAUCUGAAAACUAAUAGGUAAUGAUUAAUUUGUAAAAAAAAAAACUAAUAGGUAAUUUAAUAUCGUAAUAAUUUAUUUACGCUGAAGUAAAACACAUUUUUUUUUUUUAAUAAACAAAAUCAUUAUAAUAUAAAAAACAGUUUUUUUUUUCUCAAGGAUAAUAUACAACUCUGGUUGAGUAUGUGUAAGGCCAGUACCAUGGUCCCCAGCCCCAAGAAUAAGAAUAAGGUCCCCAGCCUAGGUACUGAAAAAAUAAAUUA